GAUAUUUUUAGAAAUAUUUUCUUUACUUUUCGUUUUCGCCGGCGAGUGUUGCUCCCUAGCUGCGACUGAUUCUGGCUGCUGCUGCUGCUGGGGUGCAAAUUAUUCGCUCCGCCGUGUCGGGAGAUAACUUAAUUUAUUAGCACAAAUUUCAAUAAUUAAUUGAAAUGUUAAAUAGAACAACAAGAAAAAAAGAAGAAGAAGAAGACGGCGAGGAGGACUAGCUUCGGCUGGAAAUCUCAAUAAUUUUCCAUAGAUUUGUUUUCUUGUUGCGGGAGACUGAUUUUGCACAGUUGAUUGGAAAUUGUCGCCGCGAACGCACCGCUUAGUUGGUGUUGUCAAAGUGUUAACUUGGGAACGGGUUUUACGGAACGGUCCCCCCCCCCAAAAAAAAAAAGAGAAAUUUCGAAAAUGGCCAAUGAAGAAGAUAUUGUCCACAGUGUAACGGGAAAUUUCGGUCGCUGGCAAUUGCGUACCAUUAUUUUGGUAUUUUUGUGUAAAAUUCCCACCUCCUGGUUUAUGGCUUGUGUUAUUUACACGGCUCCGGUUCCUCAGAAAACGGAUUAUUAUUGUAAACCCACCGCCAUAGAUAAUGGUUUGGGAGAAAAUACCAAUCAAUCCCAUUUGGAGGCAUGGAUCCAAAAGACAUAUCCCUCACAUGAAGAUGAACAGAAAACAGAUCGUGAAUUUCAAUUUGAUCAGUGUUAUAUCCAUAAGCCUGUGGCGUCGGGAGAACUUGCCAACUACACGAAUCCCUUUGACAAACCACUGAGGGAUCAAAAUUCCGCUACAAUUGUGCCUUGCGAUCAUUUCGAACAUAUUGCCGAAUAUAAAUCGUUGGUAACGGAAUUCGAUUUGGUUUGUUCACGCCAACUGUUGGUGUCGGUGACACAGUCGUUUCAUGCCCUGGGGGCAUUGAUUGGUGGCUUUAUGGCAGUGAAGUUACUGAAGAGUGUAAGUCCCAAGCGCUUGAUGUUGUAUGGUAUGAUCGGACAAAUCAUCUGCGGCAAUAUGACGGGAUUGGUCAACACUUUUGUGCUACAUGUCUACUAUCGAUGCCUGACCUCGAUAUUUUGUGCCUUUAUGUAUACGUCGGGACAAGUGAUAUUGUCUGACAUAACGGCGGGCAGGGCACGAACCAUGACAAUAAUCUUGUCUGAGCUGUUCUCCUCCAUUGGCCUUAUCCUCCUACCGGGCAUUUCAAUAUUUUUCGAUAGCUGGAGUCAUUUGUAUGUUGCCAUAUCAUCGUCACUGCUAUUGCUGGUGAUUCCGCAUAGAUGGAUAGCCGACAGCCCCCGAUGGUUGCUGCAGCAUCAGAAAAUCGAAACAACCCUCAAACUUUUAUUAGAAUCGGCUGCAUUCAAUAAUCGCACGAUACCUCUGGACAUGGAACAACGUCUGGAACAGUUGGCCACCGAUUUACAAAAUAAACCUGUUGCCGGUUAUUGGUCCCUGUGGGAUGGUAAAUCACCGCGCUUCUUCAUCGUUCUAAUACACUGGGCCUGGGCUGUUUCGGUGGUCAUCUACAGCGUUAUGGUUGUGAUGAUUCGUUUCGUAGAUACCACGCAGCUACAUGUGAACACUUCGUGUUUGGGAUUCGCCGAAAUGUUGGGAAUAUUCCUGGGUCUUUAUUUCACCCUUUACACCCGGCAUCGCUGGUUAUGGUCCGGCUAUUUGAUGUUGUUUGCCGGCGGGAUUACCUACCUUAUUUGGUUUAUACCCGAAUCGAUAAAAGACGCCCACAAGGGAGCCUAUGAAAUGAUAUUUUGGCUAUUCCUAAAACUAGUCAACUCCGCAUCGCUGGUCAUCCUGACCGUCUGCUCAGGAGAAUUGGUUUCGCCCGAAAAGAGAGCAAUUCUCUCACUCUCCACGGGAUGCUUUAGCCGUUUUUGGCUCUCGAUUGGUCCAUUUAUUUUGGUACUCAUCAAAAUACAUCGGCUGCUGCCCAUUACAAUAUUUGCCACCUUGGCUUUAAGUAGCGGUGCCCUUAUGUGUUUCCUCAACAUUCACUUCUGCAACGAUGAACAACCGAAAGUAAAGAAGAUACCCACACCAAAUACUUAUCGGAGGAAAUCUUCGACAAUUCUGCUGCGAAGACUUAGUUCAGUAUUGGAAGUCAAUGGAUCGGAUGGUAGCAAUUCGGAUUUGGGUUGUGACAAUCCCUCGCUGUCGGUUAGCAUUGAGGAGUUUUGGGAAAUGUCAAAAGAGUUGCCCGAUGAAGAUUCUCUGAAAAUGGAUGCCAUUGUGGCGGCAAAUACACGAAGGAAUUCGUGUAUUUAGGGAGAGUGUGUGUAUUUAUAAGAAGGAGGAAGUUCGGAAAUUGUGUAAAACAGUAUUUAAAAUGU